CAAAUCUUGACAGCUAUUCCAACAAACAUGUCCUCGGCACUUGAAUCGCUCAUCGACAUGGGCUUUCCUCGCAACAGAGCGGAGAAGGCUCUGGCAGUGACUGGAAACCAAGGCGCACAGGCUGCAAUGGAUUGGAUCUUUGCGCAUAUGGACGAUCCGGACAUUGACGAGCCGCACUCGUCAUCAUCGUUGUCGUCGGGAUCUGCGCUGGGCUCUGCAACCAGUCCCUCGUCAUCAUCGUCGGACGCCGCUGCUGCUGCAAGCGGUGAGCAGGCAGCCGCGGUUCCGCCGGAGCAGGCUCGCUCUCUUGUCUGCUUGGACUGCAACAAGAAGCUGCGAUCAGAGCUGGACGCGCAGGCGCACGCCGCGCGAACGCAGCACCAGAACUUUGCCGAGUCGUCGGACGAGAUUAAGCCGCUGACAGAGGCUGAAAAGCAGGAGCAGCUGGCACGCGUCGAGCAACGCCUCAAAGAGGCGCGCGCGGCUCGAGAGGCUGCUGCUGUGGAUGAAGAGCGCGCCAAAGAGAAGGCUCGGCGAAUGCAAGGCAAGGACAUGGGCAUUGCUCGCAAGCAGUUUGAAGAGCAAGAAAUGCAAAAGGCACUUGAAGCUCGCAAACGCGAAAAGGAAGAAGAGAUCAAGGCCAAGCAGCGUGUCCGCGAAAUGAUUGAGCAGGACAAGCGCGCCAGGCUGGGCCAAUCCGCAACACCCGCUGCUGCUGCUGCCCCCACCCCUGCUGCUGCCGCCCCGGCAGCUGUGUCUGCCGCCCCGAAAGAGUACACAACUGCUUCGUUGCAAAUCCGACUCACCAACGGACAGGCAAUCAAAAACACCUUUGACGCUGGAACGACGCUUUCAGAGGUUGCUGGCUGGGUGCAACUCAACCGCACUGACGGCCAGCAACCGUUCGCUUUCAUGACCAACUUCCCAAAACGUGUAUUUGCGGAUGCCGAGUAUAUGCAGACUCUGAAAGAACUCGGCCUGGUGCCGUCGUCCGUCUUGAUUCUGACGCAACCUCGCUGAGCGGGCUGAAAGGUGGCUUCUGGCUUGCCUCUUGUGAUUGUUUGCGGGGGAGCAUGGCUUUCUCGCUGCGUCAAACAUUGAGAUUACAACGCCAGAGCUACUGCUGCAAUGCAAAUAAUCGUCGAAUACCAAAACAAUUCAUCAAUUCAAAAACAAAUACCACAACACUUUAUUUCUUAACCUA